AAAAUGUAGAUGUCAGCACUCUUAAUUAAUUUUAGUAUAGACUCUAGCUCUAACACAGGAAAUGCAUGUAUUGUGUCAUGCAUUUUCUUUUCAAAGAAAUUUCCUUUGAUACAUAUAAAUUCUCAGCUAAUUAAGAUCACUUACUGCAUGCAUGUGUCUAUUUUCUUGGAAGCAUGAAAUGCAUGGCUGCAUGAGUACCUGCAUGGCUUGAAUUACAUUGGCUUCCUCUGUCAUUCCUGACCUAAAAGCCAUAUACAGUACAGUGGUUUAGUGAGUGACACAGUUCUUAAGCUCCAACCAAGCCAUUUUUAUUACUUACAGCCUUAUAGCCUUAUAGCCAGUGUAAUGUCAGGACAGCUUCAUUCCCUACCCAGAGCUGGGCCCUCCAAGAAGGUGGUGAUAGUAGGAGGUGGUCUGGCAGGUCUAGCAGCAGCUCACACACUCUCAUCUACUCUCAAGAAUAUCAACUUAGACAUCAAGUUGUUGGAAGCCAAGCCAUACCCUGGCGGAAGAGCCAAGUCGGUGCCGAUACAAGACGGAAAAUACUUCGCUGAAAUUGGAGCGUGUUUUUUGUAUUACUUUAACAAAGCUACUAAUUUUACUGAUUUCUUGGAGAGCCGACAAUUGGCAUCCAACAAGACUGCUGAAUCCCAUAAUGAAAUAUUUACUGAUACUGGAAUUCCAAACAUCCAUUUUUUGAGCAAUGGCGAAGAAAUUCAGUUCUCAUCAGCCAAACACUAUGAAACAAUGUUUGCGGAACUUGUGGAGGAAUUGUGCCAAUGCUAUGACAAGAAAGAUUGGAAUUAUGUGAUUCGAAAAGAGUGGCCUAAAACGAACAGGACGUAUCUCCCGCCUGAAGAGUAUUUAGAAGCUCGAUAUUUUGAAGCUGUUGAAGCCUCUGCUCCAAUGCAGCUGCCAACUGGUUGCACUCCUAGGCAUAUCUACAAUCGAAUGAUUAUCUACGAGAGAUUCAUGAAUGGAACAGACCUUGCCAACCUUGAUGCGAGCGCUUAUGGAGAUUACUUAGACCCUGAUUGUGAGUACCUACAACGUGCAAACUAUUCCGAGAUAGUAUCGGCCAUUUCUAAAGAGCUACCACCCGAUACUCUUCAGUGCUCCAACGUAGUCAAGGCGAUCAACUGGACUGACAAAGCUGCUAAUAGUGAGAGUGAUAUCCCUCCCAUUACAGUUCACUGUGAAAAUGGCCAGGUUUAUGAUGCUCACCAUGUGAUAGUAACCACGUCAUUAGGAGUGCUGAAAUUAUGGGCUUGUAUCAAUGAAACAUUUAGUCCCUCUCUCCCGGCAGACAAGCUGGAAGCCAUAUCAAAACUAGGUAUGGGCGAAGGAUGCAGUGUUUUUUACGAGUUCUCGGCUCCUCUGAUUGACAAAGAACAUCGAGUUAUUGAACUAUUUUGGCUGGAAGAAGAGUUGCAGUAUCUUUCCAAAUAUCCAUGGGCUCAGUCACUCGAUGUAAUGAUUAGACAAAGAGACUCAAACGUAUACGGCACAUGGUUUGCUGCUGACAAGGCUAGAGGAAUUGAGGCUGCCACAAAUCAGGAGAGAAUCGAAGGAAUCAGCUUGGUACUCGAGAAGUUCUUGAAAAAACGAAUUUGCCCCACAAGAGUAAUCAUUGGCGCCUGGACUAGUGACCCUCAUGUGCUGGGUGUGUAUUCUUAUUGUGCUAAAGGUAGUGAUGAAAUGGACCGUGUCGCCCUCUCUGAGCCGGUUGAUGGUUCGAGCUCGAUGCAGCUGCUCUUUGCAGGGGAGGCUACGCAUGUAUCAAUGUAUGGAACAACUAAUGGCGCAUUCGAAUCUGGAGUGAGGGAAGCUAAACGGUUGCUAGAACAUUACAAUAUAUAGAAACAGUUUCAAAUUGAUCAUACCUGUGCUUUUUAUUUUCACCUAUACCAAAUUAAAAGUGGUAGAUGAUAA